AAGAGACUCAUGGCCACAUACAUCUUGGCCAUGUUCAAAAGACUCAUGGCCAUGUACAAGACAAUCAUGGCCACGUACAAGAGACCCAUGGCAAUGAUCAUCAUGGCCACAUUCAAGAGACUCAUGGCCACGUACAAGAGACUCAUGGCCAUGAUCAUCAUAGCCAUGUUCAAGAGACUCAUGGGCACAUCCAAGAGACCCAUGGCCACAACCAUCAUGACCACAUUCAAGAGACUCAUGGCCACAUUCAAGAGACCCAUGGCCACGAUCAUCAUAGCCAUGUUCGAGAGACUCAAGGCCACAUUCAAGAGACCCAUAGCCGUGUACAAGAGACCCAUGGCCACGACCAUCAUGGCCACAUUCAAGAGACUCAUGGCCAUGCACAAGAGACCCAUGGCCACGAUCAUCAUGGCCACGUACAAAAGACUGAUGGUCACGUACAAGAGACCCAUGGCCACGAUCAUCAUGGCCACAUUCAAGAGACUCAUGGCCAUAUACAAGAGACCCAUGGCCACGAUCAUCAUGGCCAUGUACAAAAGACUGAUGGUCACGUACAAGAGACUCAUGGCCAUGAUCAUCAUGGCCACAUUCAAGAGACUCAUGGCCAAGCUCAUCAUGGCCACGUUCAAGAGACUCAUGGCCACGUUCAUCAUGGCCACAUACAAGAGACUCAUGGCCACGCUCAAGAGACUCAUGGUCAUGCACAUGCGACUCAUGGACAUGUACAAGAGACUCAUGGCCACAAAGCAACUUUAUCUGGGCAUGGAAAAGUCUCCCACAAGUCUGAAGGACACGUGAAUGAGGCCCAUGGCCAUAAAACAGCAACUUCAUCUGGGCACGGGGCAGGUAUCUCUUUUGUAUGUAGUAUUAGCAUUUUUUUUAGAUGCUGUAGUUUACCUGUAGUGCAGUAAAAAUGUAGCAGAUAAACUUUCCUCAUGGGCUAGAUACAUUAUAAAAAGCAGAAAUAUAAACAGAUUCAUGUAUCUGUUCAACAACAUAAACUUACCCCAUGGAGUAAAUUUCGCACCAACAUUAGCA